AUGCAGAAUGGAAAUGGUAAUUCUCAAAGCCAUUUGACCAUUCAGACCAAUUAUCCCGUUCGUAAUGAAUUUAUCACUAAUGGUGUGAGGAAAACUGUCGAGGAGAUUCGUGAGUUGCCAAUGUGGACUGAAAACAUUGACCUUAACACUGACAUUCCCAAAGUUGAGUGUGUUGUUCUUGCCUCCAUUAGGCUCUUGGAGGAAGAACACAAUUGGUUUUAUGUAGCACAUCGACCUUGUAAGAAGAAAGUGAAGACUAAAGCUGAGUUUCUCAAGAUUGCUGAUAACAUAACAGGGGAACUGCAGAAUGCACCGUCUGAUAGCUUGUGGUGUGAUAAGUGCAUGUGCCAAGCGACAUCUGUCAUUCCAAAAUUCAGGAUCCAAUUUAAGGUCCAAGAUGCGACUGGUAGCACUUCAUUUAUGAUGUUUGACCAAGAUGUUGCUCGCCUUUUGAACUUGUCUGCAAACUAUAUUCGUGAUCGUCAAGUUCAGUCUGAGAAUCCCAAUGGUUUCCCUCAUGAAUUGGAUGCUCUUGUGAAUCGUAUGCUUGCGUUUAAGAUUGUCGUUAAUUCUUACAAUGUUCGAAACAAGUACUAUGUCUUUACUGUUAUCAAGGUUUGUGAUGAUCCUGAUAUAAUUGAUGAAUUGCUUUCAUUGGAAAAUCAGCCAGAGGUAUGA